CUUUUUUUUUAUAUUUUUUUCUUUCUCUCUCUCUCUCUCUCUUUCUUUCUUUCUUUUAGACUACUACUACUACCACUACAAAAAAAAAAGAAAGUCAAAAAAAAAAAAAAGACAAAAAUGCCGCAUUCAUCAUCUAUUAUUACUGCUGUUACUAACGCAACAAUAUCAACGCCAUCAUCGACAUCAGCAUAUUAUAGCAGAGUAUCACCUACUUUGACAUCUACUCCUCCACCUUGUGCCUCUCCAGUAGAAUUGGCUCCUAUUCUAGAUCUUUGCGACAACAGACCACCUUCACCAGAUUCACCAAAAAUCAAGAGAUUAUCAGAUGGUGUGUUUGGCAAGACGUAUUAUCCUCCUUCUUAUCUAGAGCCCAAACCACAAUUUGUUGUUGAACCAACAAGCAAUUUAUUAUUCCCACUCCACUUGUUUACCAUCCUGAAAGAGACAUUUUAUUCCCCCACUCAUGUGCAGAUACCCAUACCGCGUCGACGAUCGUCCUCCCUCUCUAGCAACAGAGUUGCCACGACAACGGUGAGUCCUCAUCACCAACAACAACAGCAACAGCAACAACAUCAUCAAUAUCAACAACAACAACAACAGCGUAUGGCUGCUACGUCGCGUAUCAUUAUAUCCCCUUCACCUUCCACUAGUAGUAGUAGCACAUCUGGUAGCACAAUGGGGGAUCCAAUGUCACCUACAAUGACUGCAGCUUCUGCUUCUGCUGCUGCUGCUGCUGAUCAUCGAAACCCUGGUUCUCAUCUUGCCAAAUCAUUGCUCAAGUCCAUCCCAUCCGACACUCCAUCCAAGUCUCAUAAACGCUUAGCCGAUGUCAUGUAUCACCAUACCGUGGUUCAUCAUAAAAACAAUAAAUCCAAUGUCGAUCAAAGCAUGUUCUUGACAAAAAAUGCACAUAUUAAAAGACCUCGUAACGCAUGGAUUCACUUUCGAUGUCAUUAUGGACAAGCAUUAAAGGCACAAGACCCUACGCUUCGUGCAGAAGAAAUCUCAAAACGUGCAUCUCGUCGCUGGGGCAAAUUAUCUGAAAUUGAAAAAAGACCAUGGCAUGGACUUGCAGAACAGGAAAAAUUAGCUCAUCGAGAAGCGUUUCCUGAAUAUCGUUAUUGUCCUCGUCGAGCCACUUCUAGUUCUGUUUCACCUCCCUCUCCUACUCAUAACAACAAUAGAGUUCGAUCUGCUACCACGGGUGACAUGAAUACGCCACUGAUGCAUGACGUCUUUAGUAUUCCCACUUCUCUUCAACGACCUACCAAGCGUGUCAAGCGUAACUCCAAGUAAACUCAAAACAAUCAAUCAACCCACAAACAAUCAAAAAAAAAAAAAAAAAAAAAAAAAGAGCACAAAGAAAAAAAAAAAAUUAACAUACACACACACACACAC